AUGCGUAUUAAAAAUAAAUUUUCCCUCAUAAGUUUGGAAUGUUUACAGGUGAAUUUAAUAAUUCCUUUUUAUAAAAAAAAAAGGAAAAUAAUAGAUAAUCAUUUUUUUAUAUUUAGAAGGUUUAAUUCAUCAGAUAAAAUAUAUUCACUGGACAAAAACUGUAAUAAUUUAUCAUUUCAAUAUAAAAAUGAUAUAAAUCAUAUUGACGAUAAAAAUGAAUUGAAUCAUAAUUUUAUAGGCAAAAAAACAAACUUUUUAAAUAAGCAAACAAGUGAAAACAAGAAAAACGUAUUACAAAAUAAAAAUGAUAAUAAGUACAAGGAUUUUCAUUCUGGAAGGGGAAAUGAUGAUGACAAGAUUAGUAAUAAUUUUUUUUUUUCUGAUGACACACAUGAAUAUAAAAAUAAUGAAACGAAUUAUACUUUCAAUGAUAACACACAUGAAUAUAUAAACAGUGAAACUAAUGAUGCUAUCACUGAUAACAAUUAUGAAUAUACAAAUGAUGAAUACAAUGAAGAUGUUGAUGACGAUUUAGAUACCUUAUUAUUAACAAACAACUUAAACUCCAGUUUAAUAGGAGAACUUUGGCAUGCAUCAGCAAAUAGUAUUUAUAAAAAUAAUAAAAAGUUAGAUGUUCAUGAUGAAAACAAAAAUAAAGAACAAAUAAAUGAUAUUGCUAAAACAUCUACAAAUAUAAUUAAACAAAUAGAUAAUGGUAUACAGACAAACAUGGAUAUACCACAAAAACAUGAUAAUCAAAAGUGUAAGGAAAAUUUUUCAAAUUUAUUUGUCAAUGAAAUAUAUGAAAAAGAAGAAAAAGAGACUCAAAAAAUGAAAGAAUAUUUAGAACAACACGAAGAACAUUUUUCAAUGUUUAGAAAUUCAAUUUUAUGUAAAUUAAGAAUAGCUGAAGAAUUAUCUCGAAAUGGUAAUCACUCCAGUAAAGAAAAUAUAAAUACAUACAAUAAAAACAAAGAAGAACAUUAUAAAAACUUAAUAGAUUCUAUAAAUAAUACAAAUAAUCCAAACAUGAACUUAAAUAAUAAUCAUUAUCAUAAUAAUAAUAAAAAAAAAAAAAAAAGAAAUUAUUUUUAUCCAAUGAAUAAUAAUAUCAAUUAUGAUCAUGUAGAAACUAUCCGAAUUUUAGAUAUUGAUAAUAUUCCAUGUAAUAUAUUAAAUAAUUUAUUUGCAUAUAAUAUUGUAAAAAAUUGUAGUGCAGAAUUAUGUUUAAAAAUAAUAAGUAGAUUAGGUAUGUAUAGAGAUAAAUAUUCACAAAUAUCUUAUGAAAAUAUGAUUAAUUAUUUAGGUCAAGUAUUAAAUUGUUCAAAAAAUGCAGAAAUUAUUGCACUCUUUUCUAGAUGUUAUGAAACUAUAAGUAUUCCAUUCUUAGUUAAUUAUGUUAGAAAAUAUGGUACAUUCUCAAGAGCUUUUAUAGUUAAUAUGUAUGAUAAAUAUUCUAAAAAGAGAUUAUUUGAUUUUGUAAGAUAUGAAAAUAAUAUGGGCAUACGAAAACUACCAAAUAUAUUAACACAUCCUUAUCAUUUAUCAUCAUAUACAAAAUUAUUAGGGGAAUGCUCAGCUAAAAAAGAUAUGUAUGUACAGCUAAAAAUAUUAGGACAUAUUCCAGAUACUUCUCAAAUAACACAAGAAAAUAAAAGUCAAGAGGAAAUUGAUUAUUUAAUGAAUGCCAAAAAAGUAUCUAAUAAAAAAAUUGAUAAUAUCAAUAAUAUAGAUCUAAUACAAGAUGAAACAAAAAAAAAAAAAAAAAAAUCUACUAAAUUUAUUGAAAGACCGAAAAUUUAUGAUAUCAUUUUAUCAUCAGAAUAUACAGGUCUUCCCAUUGAACAUUUCAUGGAUCAACAAAAAAAGAUAGAACAUGACAAAAAUAGUAAGAAUGUAAUGAAAACACUACCAAAUAAGGAUAUAAGAAUUGAAGAUGAUAUAUUACAUAAUGAUUUUAUAAUAAAUGAUGAAUUAGAUAAGGAAAAUAAAAAAAAAAUUAUAAUAAAUAAUAAACAAAAUGGUGAUAUAUUAAAUGUUAAUAAUAAUAAUAAUAAAAAAGAGUCUAUACAAAGUACAUAUAACAUGAACAAUUUAAACAUUAAAGAGAAUCAACAAAAUGAAGAGAAUGUUCAUUAUAAUAAUAAUGAAAAUACAAAUUUUAUUCUUGAUGAUGAUUGUGAUAUAUAUAUAUAUAAACGAUUUAACAAAUUAAACAAUUCAUCAUUUAAAAUGCAAACUACUUUGGUCAAAACAGAAAUAAGUGAUGAAAAUAAACAAAAUAAUGAAAUAGAUCUAUAUAUUAAUAAAGGACAAUAUUUUCAAGAAAUAGAUAAAGAUCAAAAUAAUAAAUCCUUAUGGAAAUUACCUUGGAAUAGUAUAAAAAAAGAUUCCUUUUAUUUCAAAGGUAGAUUUUUUAAAAUAUUACCUAAUGAAGGAUGGUCAGAAAUUAAAGAACUAUCCAAAAAUUAUAUUAAACCAAAAAGAAGAAGAACACAACAUUGUAUUAAGAGACAAAGAAUUUUACAAAAAAAAAUUAAAGUUAAUUUGUUUAAAAAAAAAAUUUUAGAAAAUUAUAAUAAAAUGAAAAAACAAAAAAAUGAAAUAAAAUAA